AUGUCGAGCUCCAUGGAGCCACGGCCGCUUACGUCGGCCUUUGAGAGCCCGACCUUCGAUGAGGACAGCUCAUUUCAUGUGGAACAACCUGUUGGGUCCAUGUCGAUAUCCCCAUGUGGUCGGGAUGUGGUGUUGGCUUCCAAAGAGGGUCUCCAUGUCAUUGACUUAGACUCCCCAUAUUCUCCGCCCCGCUAUCUGCCGCACCACACACCAUGGGAGGUCGCCGACGUGCAGUGGUCGCCGUUCGCAUCCAGGGACUAUUGGGUAGUGAGCACAUCGAAUCAGAAGGCCUUAGUGUGGAACUUGGCCAUGAAAACAUGGCAGAAUUCGAUUGAGCAUGUGCUGCAUGCACAUUCCCGUGCUAUCACCGAUGUCAACUUCUCUGCAUUCCAUCCCGACCUUCUAGCUACCUGUGCGGUUGACAGCUUUGUUCAUUGCUGGGAUCUGCGAACUCCAUCUCGCCCGGUCAUAUCGUUUUCAGAUUGGUUCACAGGUGCCACGCAAGUGAAAUGGAACCGACAGGACCCGCAUGUAAUUGCGAGUUCUCAUGACAGAUUUCUACGUAUCUGGGAUGAUAGAAUGGGUGCUUACCCAAUUCGGUCAAUCGAGGCCCAUGAUACAAAGAUCUAUGGUAUUGAUUGGAAUAGAGUGCGAAGAGGCGCUCUGACAACUUGCUCACUUGAUAAGACCAUCAAGUUCUGGGACUAUACGUCAGAAACAGAUGAGCCAGAGAAAUUAAUAAAGACUCCAUUUCCAGUGUGGCGAGCCAGAAACACUCCGUUUGGAUGGGGUGUAACCGCCAUGCCGCAACGUGGCAAUAGUGAUCUUCAUCUUUAUAGCCGGCGAGUUGGCGAGGGGGACAACCCAGAGGAUAAUUUACCUCUGGUCCAUAGUUUCCCUGGACACAAGGGUCAGAUUAAAGAAUUUCUUUGGAGACCUCGCGGCGGUGUUGUCGAUGGGAUUGAUCACCGAGAGUUUCAGCUCGUGACUUGGGGCACGGAUCGAGAACUUUGUCUACAUCGCGUGAACCCUGAAAUCUUGCAGCGGGUGGGAUAUGAGAAAGGCAAGUCAUUCAUAUCGACGCGCAAUGUGACUCGCCUGGGGGCUGUAUAUCGCAGCUUCAGAGAUGUGAACUCGGAUUUAGACCUGGAAGAACUUGAGUCUGCGUCCUCGAUUCAGAAUAAUGCAACUACGCAUUACCCUGGAGGACCUGGCAUGAAUGCAAUCUCAGUACCCCAUGCUCGUGCCUGGACGAAGACCGCACAGACUGAUGCGCGCAUGGGCAUGCAGCCAAGAUCCAAUCUACGGGCAGAUACAAACCCCAUUGCAUGGAUGCGCGGCGUGAAGAUAUCGGGCUGGGACAUUGAGACACUGGGAGAUGAGAUCAGUCACGUUGGAGAGAAGUUUACCAAGGUUGCAUUUGAAUCGGUGGAUGUUCGCCAAAGAAAGAUCUCCAUAUCUUUGAAUGGGCCGUGGGGUGUGAAUGCCGACUCUCUCUUUUUGAAAGUGGAUAUCAAAUUCCCCGUCAGUUACCCGAAAACCGCUAUCCCGACCUUCAACUUCCAAAAGACUGCAGCGGUUACAGAUGAGCUCGCUAGCAGGAUCGCAGCUGAGCUGAGAACAAUCGCGGAGACGUACAUGUCCCGGAAACGAGGUUGCCUCGAAGGUGCUGUACGUUAUCUCCUGGGCGAGAGUUCUUUGGAAGACAGCAUUGCCUGGAUUCUGGGUGAGACUACCGAAAAUAUAAAGUCUCCGAUUAAUGGUGAAUUGGAGGGCGAAUCUAGCGAUGAAGACGAGGUCGGAAUGACACAGAGUCAGGAACUGGGCAUGAGUUCCGAGUUGCUUCGUCCGGUAAAUGCGAAUGUCAUGGUACCCGUAGCGAAAGGAUGCGGUGCACUAUGGGCCAACGAUGGCCGUCUUGUCUGUUUUUUCCCACCCAAAAAGACCAAGUCAACCGCAUUAUUUGAAAACCUCAGUUUCAAAGAGAUGGGCAGAUUGUCCCGCACAGACAAGGUUUUUGAAGGCUUCGGGCGCCUGCAGACCACCUCCCCGGGCCCACGCAUGACCGGUACUAUCACAAGCACGGAUGAUGGUGCAUCCGAUUACUCCGACGAUUCGUACUCCGAGGCUUCAAGCUUCUCGGGCUCUUCUGAUAGCCUGUCUGGAUUACCAGCCUCUCGUUUCCAACCUCCACAAACCUGGCGCAGUGCUGGUAGCGUGGGAAUUUACCGGCCAAGGUCUACGGAUAAUUCUCAAAGAUCUACAGGAGGUCCUUCAACAUCCAAGUUGGGCGACCCAGCUCAAAAUGUGGUUUCUAUUCAUGACUUCAGCGACAUGCUGCCUGUUCAGCGGGAAUUGGCUAGCAAGUAUCGUAUCUGCGGCAAGGGCACAGAUGUGUGCGCUCACAAUGCUGCCGUUGCGCUCGAUGCAGGGUGCUAUGAAUUGGCUCAGAUUUGGGGUCUUAUCAAGCUGAUCCUGCACGUGCGAAGAAAAACUGCCUCUCCUUUCGAAUCAAGAAUGGGAUUGAAGAGGAUGUUCAAAAAGGAGGGUAUUGACCUCAGUUAUAGCAUAGAGAGAGAUGGGCCAUACAAAGAUCUUGCAAAUAGCGUCAUCCGAUGGGGUGAUCAUCCAAUGGGCAGUCACUGGCUCGUCCCAGCUCUCUUCGAUCACUUUGAGCGCAUCGGUGAUGUGCAAAUGGUCGCCAUGCUGUCUUGUGUGCUGUUCGAGCCACACGACGAAACGCGCCCCGAAAAGACAGAGGACUAUACUGAGCAACAUGUCUUUUCUCUUGAACUCUCUUCUGUCGCAUCAACAGUGCAGAUGAAAUCGCAGGCUGCGACACCUGCUUCAUCGAUCCCUAGAGAGCCGCAGAACCUGCUUCCUCAUCCUUCCGCACGAUCUUCGAGUGAGCUUUGGCGAGCGGAAUCUACUCCUCCUCAUUCCACAGGCACCACGCCUCCUUACACCUCUCGCCCUCGUGGUAUUGCCGCCGAGAAAAAAUCGCAAAGCCAAAAUGUAUCGAUAGCUGCAUCUCCUGAUCUACCACGAAGUGGAUCUGGGCUUGGCUCCGUUCUGGCCUCCUCACUGUCGCGAUCAUUCACAUUUGGGCCGUCAUCGGCAUCUCCACCGGUACCCCAUCUGAGCAAAAAGAAGCAGAUUCUCCCAGAAAGCCCGAGUGUGGCAACUACGACAACCAUGGCAGCGACCCAAUCUGAUACAGAAAGCGAUCGACCUCCACAGAUAGUGAAACCUGCAGUACGAUUCAAAGUCACAUUCAAGAACCAAAGUGCAUUCGAUGGCGAUGAAACAACAACGGAUUCGUCUCUGCUAGACCGAAGUAAAGAAUGGCUUUGGAAGUCAUACCGCGCCGCGUAUGCCGAUAUACUAUCCAUGUGGGACCUGCCAGUCCAACAGGCCGAGGUUAUGAAGAUUGGUACCGUGGCCGAUGAUAGAGAAGACAUGCACAUGAGCCACUAUUGGAACAGUCACAGCUACAAGAGACCUUCCAUCGUCGAAACAUCAGCGAAUGAUGCUUUCAAUAACCAGAACAGCCUCGACUUUCAACGUCACUGCGCCAACUGUGGCCACCCUCUGCAGACAUCUAUCUUCGCUCCAACGCCUGCAGUUCCUGAUACUCCGUCUAAGCGUCACAACCAACCGACCUUCCAGCGAUGCUCGAACUGUAGCCCGCGUCAACCUCUCCCAAUGAAGCUUCCUUGCAUUAUCUGCCGUGAAGUUGUCGACGGGAUGUUGGUACCCUGCCUUAGCUGUGGCCAUGUAAGCUGCUUCGAAUGCCAUCAACAGUGGUUUCUUUCUGAAACAACCGAUAAACCCGAUAAUAUCACUCCCCCGUCUUGUCCCACAGGAUGUGGCUGCAACUGCUCCGAACACAUCGUGGCGAAGGUUUCCAUGCCACAGUGGGAACCGACCUCCCCGCAACCCCAACCUCGCGAAAGUCCAAGUGGACCUAUUAGACCUUUCUCUCAUGAGAAACGUCAUCGUCGCCGCCAAUCUGAGCCCUCGGGCCAUAAUAGCUCGGGUGGAAAUACUCCUACUUCUAGGAACAAACCAGGCCAGCAUGAUUCCGACCUGGAUCUAUGGCAAACUUCUUCCCCCUUUGCAUCGCUUGCACGAGGAAUGGGCGGAGGUCUUAGCCAGGGCCUGGGUGCGAAAGCAGACCGGAAGAAAAACCGGUCUGUUGCCAUUACCACACCGAAGCCUAAGCGCAGAUAG